UUGACCUCUGGGAUCAGAUCACAUGUUCACAUGACAAAAUUGAAAACAAAAUACAGAUGAAAUCUGCAGUACGUUACUUGCAGUAGCUGAUUAUAGGAAGAAGAACUGAACAGUUGCAAUCAACCAAUCAAGUGUAAGUGAAGUAUAUAUGGGUCUUAGAGGAGGAGAAGAUGAAGAAGGAGCAUCAUCAUCAAGAGCUCUCCUGACUCACUCUGACACUUCAACUCCCCACAAAUUCUCUUCUUCCUCCCUUCUUUUCCCAAUCACCUCCAUAUCUCUCGUAAUAGCCCUUGCCCUUGCCUUUAUCUUCUUCUCUUCCCCCUCAUCAUCACCACCACCACCACCUCCACCAACAUCACCACCAUCACCAUCACCACCACCACCACCACCACCUCCACCAUCACCAUCACCAUCACCACCACCAUCACCACUACCACCACCACCAUCACCACCACCACCAUCACCAUCACCAUCACCACCACCACCAUCACCAUCACCAUCACCAUCACCACCACCACCACAUUCACCACCACCACCACCACCAUCACCACCCACCGCUCGUCCCCUCACCAAGCUCCACCACCCCGUCGUCAUCCUUAUAUCCUUAAGCGGCUUCCGUUUCGGCUACCAGUUCAAGACCAUCACACCCAACAUCCAACGCCUCAUCCGAAACGGCACGGAGGCUGAAGCCGGCUUGAUCCCCGUUUUCCCCACUCUCACCUUCCCCAACCACUACUCUAUCGCCACGGGACUCUACCCUCCUUACCACGGCAUCAUCAACAACAAAUUCGUUGACCCCGCCACCGGUGACAAGUUCACCACCGCAAGUCGUGAGCUGAAAUGGUGGCUCGGCCGCCCCUUGUGGGAGACUGUGACUGCCAACGGAUUCAAAGCCGCUACCUAUUUUUGGCCUGGUUCUGAGGUAAUCAAAGGUUCAUGGACUUGCCCUUCGCGUUACUGUAAGCACUAUAACAACUUUGUUCCCUUUGAAGAUAGAGUGGACACUGUUUUGGGGUAUUUUGAUCUUCCCCCUGAUGAAAUGCCUGUGUUCAUGACAAUUUAUGUUGAGGAUCUUGACCAGCAGGGUCAUAAAUUUGGGCCUGAUGAUGAUGAAAUCACUCAGGCUGUUGCUAGGAUUGAUAGCUUAAUUGGGAGAUUGAUUAAGGGGUUGGAGGACAGAGAUGUUUUUGAGGAUGUAACUAUUAUUUUGGUGGGUGAUCAUGGAAUGGUUGGUACAUGUGAUCAAAAGCUGAUAUUUUUAGAUGAUUUAGGAAUUCCAGCACAUUGGGUCCAAUCAUAUUCUCCUUUACUUGCAAUUCGCCCAUCUCAUACUCAUGCACCUGCUCAUGUUGUGGACAAGAUGAAUCAAAGGUUGAGCUCAGGGAGGGUUGAAAAUGGGGGGAAGUUGAAGGUGUAUCUGAAGGAAGAUCUUCCUGAGAGACUUCAUUAUGCAGCAAGUGAUCGGAUUGCACCGAUAAUUGGGUUGGUUCAUGAAGGUUUUAAGGUGGAGCAGAGCAGAACACUUAAAAAAGAGUGUGGUGGUGCUCAUGGUUAUGACAAUGAUUUUUUCUCCAUGAGGACUAUUUUCAUUGGACAUGGCCCUCAAUUUGCAAAGGGGAGGAAGAUACCAUCAUUUGAGAAUAUUCAGAUUUAUAAUUUGAUUACUUCUAUCCUGAACAUAACAGGCGUAUAUAAUAAUGGGUCUGCCACAUUUCCAGAAUCUAUUCUUCUACCCCCUGCAUAAGACUAUUUAUUGGAUGGCUAAGCUACAUAAGAUGUUGUAGAACAAAUAGGUGUUGUAUACACCUGAUUCUUCUAUGGUUGAACUACUUCCACUUUAA